UGAUGCAGUGGGCGUGUUUACGUCGCUGAUGUAAACAGAAAGGACCAUUUUGAUCAGAGAAAUCUAGAAGCCAGCGUACAGUAACUCAUCAUAGCUUUUCUGUUUUCACCUAUGCAACGCCUUAAAUAGCACUCGCGCCAUGGACUUCUAUAUCAACCUGAAGGUGAAUUUCCGAGGGAAUGCGAAGAGUUUCUUGCUGUCUGGCUCGGAGACGAAGAGUUGGGAGUCUAUGGAGGCCAUGGUGAAGAGGUCUUUUGGCCUGUGUAAUUUGCAGCUGACAUAUUUCGAUGAGGAAAAUGAAGAGGUAUCAAUCAACAGUCAAUUGGAAUAUGAAGAAGCCCUGAAGAGUGCUGCACGACAGGGAAACAGACUACAAAUGAAUGUGUAUGAGACGAGGGGCAGUAGAUCCACAGUGCCAGGACCGGGCCCACCACCAGGGUCAGCGGUAGGCUUGGGCCAGGUGAAACCUGGUACUGUUGGAGAACCCAAGAAGGGAUUCAGGCCUCCUCAGCACUGCCCUACUUUGGCACAAGUGGUGAGUCGAAAAGUUCAGGCCGCAGUCCCAGAGGAAGGAUUGGUAAUCGUAAAUGAAGUCAAAGGUGGGAAGGCAGAAGAUAAGACCCCUCCAGCUUGGUUCACUUCAUACAUGGAAAAGUUUAAGGACCAGGUGGUUAGAGAGGCAGUAGAGAAGAUUUGUAGGGAGUUCUCUGGACAGUGCUGCAUCCAUAAGCCGGUGGGAGCAGAGGCUCAGGUUCCUGAGGUCACAUCAUCCACUUUACCUGGGGCCCCAAGUUCGGCUCCAGCCUGCAGCAGCUGUCGGGGCCAGACCGCAGGCGGUGGAUACCAAUGCAGUGUGUGCACCUCCUGCACUCUGUGUGAGCCUUGCAGCUUCUCACAUGAUCCAAGCCACAAUCUUGUGAGAGCCAGAACUCCCCUGUCUAUUCCUGAGCAUGGCUCCCCAGCACCAGAUCACAGCAGGUUCUACAGAAGGGGGGACCGGAGCUUUCGCAAGGCCGAGAAGCAGCGUCUUAAAGCGGAGAAGCGCCAGCUCAAGGCGGAGGUAAAAGAGAUCAGGAAGCAGCUGAGGAUGGAGAGGAGAGGGCUGCAGUGGAGCACCGCUGGAGAAGGAAGCUCUUCACCUGUCCUGCUGCAGCCACGUGCCACACAGGCAAACAGCCCAGAUCGUCCUAAACGUCCAUGCCCGCUGGCUGUGCCAGCUAUGACAGCUCUACUCCUGGAUGAAAAUUUGCCUGAUGGAUCACGUCUGCGUCCUGGGACCAAAUUCAUCAAAUACUGGAAAAUGAAGAACAGUGGCAGAGUGUGCUGGGACUCUGAGACCAAGUUAAAGUUCAUGUGGGGGAACUUGGCAGUGGGCUCUGGUGAAAGAUGGCGGGAGGUUGCAGUACCCACACUUCAGCCAGGUCAGGUGGGUGUCAUCAGCGUGGCUCUUUGUGCUCCGACGUUAGAGGGCACCUAUACAUCCCACUGGCGCCUGGCACACAGAGGAGAGCAGUUUGGACCACGUGUUUGGUGCAGCAUCGUUGUGGAUCCCCAUGCUCCUACAGCUAUCUGUGCUGAUGGGCUACUGGUGUCUCCCUGUGUCACCCCGCAGGAGAAGUCUUCCCGUACGCUUGAGAGGGAAGAGAAAUGCCGGGCCUCAAGGGAACAACUGCUUUUGUCCGUAAACCAGGACUGUGAUCAGGAAUUCUACAUUCCAUCUGUGGACUUACUCACAGCUCAGGACUUACUGUCUUUUGAACUGCUGGACAUCAACAUUGUGCAAGAGUUGGAGAGCGUGCCUAACAACACGCCUGCAGACAUUACUCCAUGCAUAUCACCUCUGCCCCAUGAGGGACCUCACCAGGAGAAACCAACACUGGGGCUCAUUCAAGAGGAAACAGAAGCCCAAGGGGUCAGCAGCAUCCUGGACGUAGCCCAGGGCACAGAGUUAGAGGGCAUCCCAGCACAAGAGAAAGGAGAGGAGAGCAUCAUUGGGCCUCAGUUUGUCAGUCCAUCUGUUAUCCGCUCUCUCACCCUUGAAGUGACCCGUGAACUAGCAGAACAUGGGGCACUUUGUGGGAGAUGCCCAGCUAAAGUGGUGCGUCCAGCCCCCCAAGGUUCAAUGUCACUUUGUGAGAGGAUGUCAGAAAAGGUUUCAGAAACAGGGCUAAUAUCUGCUCCAGCCCCACUAAAAGUAGAGAUGGCACGGAUCUCCAGCCCUGCUUCACCACAGACAGAGACCACUGAUAUAGCUGCUCCCCUGCUGAUGCUUCCAGCAGAGCUCAUUAGCACAGAUGAAGGUCACGAGUCUGACAUUGAGCAGAUCCUGGUGGAGCCUGCAGGUGGAGAUCCAGUAGAAGAGGGAGAGGAGGAAGUGGAUAAGAAAGAGCAAGUGAAGGACACUGAAGCAGCUAAGGAAACCCGCAGCAGAACUUCAUCUGCAUCUUCAGAAGACUACAUCAUCAUCCUCCCUGAUUGCUUUGACACCAGCCGUCCACUAGGAGAGUCCAUGUACAGCUCAGCCCUGUCGCAGCCUGGAGAAGAGCCAGCAGAGGGGGACAAACUAGAAUCAGUGGAGACCCCAGAGCUCCAGAGCCCUGUUGUUGCUGCUGUUGCUGCUGUUGUUGCCGAUGCAAAUGACAUGCUCUGUGCCUCCCAGACUCUGGACGCUGUGCCGCUCACCCCUGUGAUUGUAGUGGCACCGCGACCCUCGGUCAAAACCUGCACAGAGACACAAGAGCAGACAGAACAUGGAGCAGAGGAGCAGGAGAGGAGUAAUCCUACAGAGCCUGGAGAUAAAGAGAACGACUCUGAGCCUAAUCAACCUGAUGCUGAGAGCUCAAUAGCAUCUGCCAAGUCUGAAACAGAAGAGCUCAGGGCUAAUAGCAUCACUGGUGGAUUGGUGAAGGGUGCCCUGUCCGUGGCAGCAUCUGCCUACAAAGCUCUUUUUACUGGACAGACUGGGUCUGAGAAGCUCCCAGAAGAUGCAGCUUCUCAUGACGCCAUGAUGGCCGUGCUGGUAGAGAUGGGCUUUGGUGACCGAGCGCUAAAUCAGCGUCUGCUACAGAAACACAACCGCAACCUGCUGGAUGUGGUUAACGAACUGGUGCAGAUGACUGACAACGACUGGUACACAACACGCUACUGAGAUGCUGGUCAAUUAUUUUGUUUCUCUCAUAUGUUGUUUUUUUGUUUCUUUCUCUGUGCAAUCAGCAGCCCAUUCCAUGAUACAGACUCUUUUGUUCCAUUUGGGUUGUAAAGAUAGUGUGUGUGAAUCUGUCUGCUCCAAUGUGUAACAGAUAAUCAUUAGAGAAGCAGUUCAUCACCAUUAUAACUGUGCUUGUUCAAGUUUGUUGUUAGUGGGCAUUAAUGUUUUCACAAAGAUGAUCAUGGGUAGCUAAUGAACACUAAUAGGUAAUGAUUAUUAUUCCAAAACUAUUCAAGAAAUAUGCCAUGCUUUUAAUCAAAACUUGAUUUGAAUAGUGUAAGAAACAACAAAUCAUUCUAAUAGUUAAAUAUGAAAAGCUCUGCAACGUGACUGGAUAUUUUUAAUAUUUAGAGUGUUUUGUGCUCCCAGGUUAAGAACAGGUUUUGGAAAAGUGCAAUAGAUCUGGCUUUGUGUGGACUCUUAAUCAUCAGCCAAGACCAAAUAGACUGAUUACUUUUGUCAUCUUUAUAUGGACACAAGAUGACAAAUUAAAUUAUUCUUUACUGGUGAAGUCAAUAUUAAGUUUAGUGUGUGAAUUUUUUUUCUAGUAAUUCUGAACUGUUGUUGCUUAUUAAUACAUGUGGGAAUUAUUAUUAUAUCGAAGACCAUUGAUUUGUUUCUAAGACGUCCACGAAAUAGGGCACAUACUGCACUUUGUGAAUGCGUUGCCAUUUAAAUAUCUUAAAAAUGUAAUGGCUUGAAGCGGCAAUGCAUUUAGUUAAAUAGACGGAAAUUGACAUUGUAGAGUAUUUUAAUUCUCAUGCUUUAAACGGUUAAAGAAGCAAAGGCAAUCAUGACAUAUUUAACUCCAAUUUUAAAUGGUGAGACACAUCAAAAUGAGAGACUAAAAAAAAAGACUACUGUUAAUUCCAAAAAAAGGGAAAAAUCAUGCAAAUUAUAUAUAUUUUGAUAAUUAAAUAGCUCUUGUAUUUAGUGUGAUGAAGAAUGUAUCUCAGCACUUUUCAAGGGGAGAUUUUGAAACUACCUACUGUCUAGAGUGUGGAAAGCAUUCCCUAUAAAUCAUUUAGCGUCUCCUGAUUUGCUUUUAUCCAUGAAGCUCUCACAAGUGGUACAUCCAUUAUUUAACAUCCACUUGUUUUUCCAGAGCUCGGGUUUAAUAUGUUUUAGCACAUUCCUUAGGAAAGCCGUAAGUUGGUCUUGGUGCUUGCAGCGAUCAGUAGAGUUUCUGGGUGGAACUGUUUGGAUCAUGUGACUUUAAAGCGUAAUCAUUGGAGACAGAUGCGCCUCACUCUGUGUUUGAUGCCUGAAUGGAGUAUUCAGUGUCUCUGCAUCUAAUGUAUACAUCUGUCUGUAAUAAAUAUCCUGAUAAGUCUUA